AUGGAUCCGCAAUUUGGGUUCGCGAAUCCUGAUCCUUGGAGCUCUAGAGCAAAUUCAGAUUUGAAACGCAGGAGAAGGGUGAGUUUCGUCGAUCGGAUCCCCUUGAACGAUGAUUCCCCAGAAGCCCAAACCGGUCAAUGGCUUGAUGCCAAGACCUCGGAGUUUGCGUUCUUUAACAAGUUAAAAUCUGGUUUUGGCCUCUGCUCUGAGUCUCGUGGCUCUGAACCAUCGAAUAAAGUCAAGCAAAACCCGAAAACCUCGGAAUCCAGAAGCCACGGUGGAACGGACCGCGAAGCUAAAGAUAAACGCGAUGGUUAUAGCUUCUCCACGCCCAUUCAUACUGCAUGUGGCUUGUCUAUGUCACCUGCCAACUUCACUCGAAAGGAUAAAGAGGAAGGUCCUGGGAAAUCUUCUUCAGGAUUCAGUAGAGUCAAGGACAUCAAUAACCUGAGAUGUGAUGAGAAAGGAGACUUAUUCUCUGUGAAGAGGAAGAGAUUGAAUCAGUGGGUCAAAGAUACAUGGUUCCCGGAGCUUACCUCAAACGGGGGGGAUUUAGUUUCUCUUCUCCUAACUCGGCUGUUCCCUGGAAACGAGGAGACACAUCCUUCUAGGUUUUCCAAGGAGGGGACAGAUGGAAUCAAAAGAAGAAGGGAUUUUGAUUCUCCUGGACCAAAGUUUCUCAAGAGGUCCCAUACAGAAGCUGACCACGGUCUAAUGGAAAGGGACAGAUCGAUUUCUUGUCAGGGAUGGCUAGAAGAUAGCAUUGCACCGAGUCUGCAGUUUGCUAAAGAUCCGGAAGAGAUUAGCUUUUCAAUCUCAUAUCCUAAGGAAUCGGUUUAUCGAGCUCCAUUGUUGAAACAGAAGGCGUCCCUGUCGUUUCAUUCUGAAGAAACUCUGGACUGUUCCCCCAUGUCUAGCCUCCAUUUCAGACACUACAAGCCUCUUUCACUGGGUUAUCACACAGAAGAAAGUGGAUACAGGUCGGAGAACUUAUCACUUGAUUGCACAGAGCCUUCCUCUGCAUUACUUCUCGAGUGGAAUAACGAAACCGCAAGGACAGAUGAUUUGCCACUAAGUUAUCACACGGAACUCACCGCAUAUCCCAAUGGAUCCACCUCGUUAUCUUUGACUGAUAAUAAUCCAUGGAGCUCUGGCUAUUCUUCAUCCCAUGAUUUGGUCGCAAGAGAGCUGUACCCUUUACCUCUGCUCUCUCAUUACACUAUCGGCCGCUCCCUCUUACCAGAAACCAACCAAUCCAGGCCUUUUGAGCAUGAAUUCGAGAGGCGUGUUAUUGAUGACAAAGAUGUGGCUGCUGCAAACCAGAAUCUCCAGAGGUUUCAUCAUACAAAUAGCGCAAAUUGGUUAAGCAGAGACGACUACACAUACUCUCCAGUGGAUCAUUGCCCUUUUGAAGUCCCUGGAUGUGAAAUAGUACCCUUUCCAGUUUCCAGCACCAGCAAUUCAAAUUCAAGUCCAUCACAGAGCGAUCGUUUUAGCUCUCAUGAUUGGAUGCGCUUUUAA